GAAACCUCACCGAAGUUCUGGCAUGUAGAAACAACAGGAAACAAAAAAGCAAUGGGUUUCUCUUCCCCUUCCCCGUCUUCUGGGGCAUUUUCUGUCUUUCAACAGUGACAAAAGGCCAUUACAUUAACAGAAGAAAACACUGUUAUGUGCGAACACAAUGGCGAGCCAAGUGGAGCUCCUCUUGAGAACACUGGAGGAUCUCGAAGAAAAAGAGCUGAGGAAGUUCCACUGGUACUUGCAUCAGGAAGACCCUUUCCAUGGAUUCUUGGCCGUCCCCAAGAGCUGUCUGGAGAGGGCAGACAGAGAGAGCACGGUGGAUGUGAUGGUACACACCUACGGCCACCAAAGAGCUGUGCUCAUCACAGGGAAGGUUCUGGAAAAGAUGAAGAGGAACGACCUAGCCCAAUGUCUUUUAAACACACACUCAAGACAACAAGCUCUGUUGAAGCCAAGUCAAGAGCCUCAACAACUUAUAAUAUCAUACCAACGCAUACUCCAGUCUAACCUCCAGAGUAGGUACAUGUGCGUACCAGAAGGCUUGUCAAAGCAGAGAGACAAGAGACACCUUGAUGAUAUCUACACCGAGCUUUACGUCACAGAGGGGAGUGACAUGGGCAUCAAUUGUAUGCAUGAGGUCAGGCACAUUGAGACGACCUCGAGGAAACUGCAGGGAAGGGACAAACCCAUCAUGCUUGGGGACCUAUUCAAUCACCAUUCGGGGAAAUACAUACCAAUUAAAACUGUGCUAACCACUGGAAUUGCAGGGAUCGGCAAAACCUUCCUUGUUCGAAAGUUUAUUUUGGACUGGGCUGAGGGAAAAUCCAGUCAAGAUGUGCACCUGGUGUUUCCCUUCACGUUUCGCCAACUGAAUUUGUUGAAGGGGAAAACGUUUUGUCUUUCCCAGUUGAUUCAUGCAUGCAUCAAAGAAACUGUAGGCAUCGACGAGAAGGCCCUUAAUGACAUUUUUGCGACUCUACAGACGUCAGGAAACUCAAACUAUGACAAGAGUGUCUAUAAAGUCCUUCUUGUGCUGGAUGGCCUGGACGAGAGUUCCCUCAAGCUCAAUUUUGCCGGCAACGAUGCCUUUUUGAUUGACAUCACUCAGCCAACCACUGUGGAUGAACUGAUGACCAAUCUCCUCAAAGGGAAGCUUCUUCCCUCUGCCCGCCUCUGGAUCACUUCACGGCCCGCAGCAGCCAAUCAGAUUUCUGCUGACUACAUCGACAGGGUGACAGAGGUGAGAGGGUUCACUGACCAACAAAAGGAGGAGUACUUCAGGAAGAGGUUUAAAGAGGAGGACUUGAGCACCAGCAUUAUCUCCCACAUCAAGAAGUCUCGCAGCCUCUACAUAAUGUGCCACAUCCCAGUGUUUUGUUGGAUCAGCGCCACAGUACUCGAGAAAGAGUUUAAUGCCCAGGGACGAGAAAUUAAGCCCAAGAAUCUGACGGAAAUGUACACACAUUUCCUUGUGUUUCACAUCAAGCAGACAUCUCUGAGGUACGGUGAAGAGAGCACUCUCCAGAGCGUUGAGGCGCUCGCAAAACUGGCUUUUGACCAGUUGGAAAAGGGUGCUCUGAUCUUUUAUGAAGAGGAUCUAAAAAACAGCAGCAUUAGCUUCAACAAAGCCUCCUUUUUUUCUGGGAUGUUCACACAGAUCUUUAAAGAGGAGAGUGGGUUGCAUGAGAAGAACAUGUUCAGCUUUGUCCACUUGACCAUUCAGGAGUAUCUUGCUGCUGUCCACGUGGUCUUGACACAAAUCAACAACAAUAAGAACGCAUUGAAACCCCAAACAACUUUCCAAAGUCUGCGAAUGCAUUUUAAAAAGAUAACAUCAACAGACAUCCACAUCAUCGCAGUAGACAAGGCUGUGCAGAGCUCCAAUGGACACUUGGACUUGUUCCUCCGUUUCCUCCUGGGACUAUCACUCGAGAGCAAUCAGAUUCUUCUGCAGGGUCUACUGAGGCAGACAGACAGCAGCUUACAGAGCAAGCAAGACAUAGUCAACUACAUCAAAAAGAAGAUCAGGGAGACUCUAUGUCCAGAGAGAAAUAUGAAUCUAUUCCAUUGUCUCAACGAGCUCAAUGACCAUUCUCUGAUUGAGGAGAUUCAACGGUAUCUCAGCACAGGAACUCUUUCAAAGAUUAAACUCGCUGAAUCCGAGUGGUCCGCUCUGGCCUUUGUGUUGCUGAUGUCAGAGGAGAAGCUGGAUGUGUUUGACUUGAGUAAAUAUAAUGGGUCAGAAGUUGGCCUUUUGAAAAUGCUGUCAUUGGUCCAAGCAUCCACAACAGCAAUACUUAGUCGGUGUGAACUCUCUGGCCAAUGUUGUAAGGCUCUGGCCGUCACAGUCACCUGCUCUGACACUCUGAAAGAGCUCGACCUGGGAGCCAACAACCUUCAGAAUUCAGGGGUAGAACUGCUGUCUACCGGACUAGGAAACCCAGACUGUAGACUGAAGACCCUCAGGCUGUCAGGCUGUCAACUCACAGAAGAGGCUUGUGUUUAUCUGGGAUCAGCUCUCAACUCCAACCACUCCCAUCUGAGAGAACUGGACCUGAGCUACAACAACCUACAAGAUGAAGGAUUUGAGAACCUACUAUCUCAACUGAGAAAUCUCAAGAUACUGAGACUGAAGAACUGCGGGCUGACCGGAGGAUUUCGCAAUGUGGUCUCAGUGCUUAACUCCGGCAUCUGUAGGCUGACGGAACUGGAUCUCAGUGGAAAUGACCUGCAUGAUCGAGGAGUGAAGCUGCUCUCUGCUGGACUAGCGAGUCCAAACUGCAUGCUGGAGGCACUCAUGUUGUCCGGCUGUGUGAUCCUAGAGGAAGGCUGUGCUGCCCUGUGCUCGGCUCUGAGCUCCAACCCCUCCUAUCUGAGAGAGCUGGACCUGAGCUACAACCACCCAGGAGAAGAAGGGAUCGCAACGCUCUCUGCUGGACUGGAGGACCCCCUCUGGAAGCUGGAAACUCUCUGCGUGGACUAUUGUGGCCAUUCCAGGAUCCAACCUGGGCCUGCGAAAUAUGCAUGUGAGCUGAAGAUGGACGUGAAUACAGCCGAAAGAAGAAUCCUCCUGUCGGAGUGUAACCGCAAAGCAACCCUGGUGCCGGCUGAACAGCCGUACCGACCUCACCCCGAGAGAUUUGAGCAGUGGCAACAGGUGUUGGGCACCGAGGGUUUGACUGGUCGUUGCUACUGGGAGGUCCAAUGGAGCGGAGUGGUUCAUGUUGGUGUGACAUACAAAGAGAUAAGGAGGGAAGAGCAGAACGAUCACUCACGUCUUGGGUGGAACAACAAGUCCUGGAUCCUGAAUUGCGGCAAACCGACGGCCUGGCACAAUGGCAAGGGCUUUGCGUUACUGGCUGUCCCCAACUGUAAGGAGAGAUUGGGGGUGCACCUGGACUGGCCGGCUGGAAUUCUAUCCUUCUACAACAUCCACCCCGGCAGGCUCAAAAUGGGUCACAUUUUCACGUUCCACGUCACAUUUACAGAGCCCCUCUACCCAGCGUUUUGGUUGGCGGGCCAUAAUUCCUCUGCAUUGUUCUGCAAGGUUUCACCUGUAUAUCAAGUUCACUAUCGGAGGAAAUCAAUCAUCAAGGCAUAAAACAUCAUUUGGACUAUUUUGAGAAAAGGACUGUUGAAAUGUUUAUUUAUUUUUUACAUCCAAAGCUUGAUCUUAUCAUGCCAGUGUGAAGAUUAGCACAAUGCUUGUGAUAUCAUAGUCCUGACUGUUAUGCAUGUGUUUGGUUAGCUUGAUUGUUUGAUGCAUGAAGCUCUCCAUCAAAUAACCGUUUGUUCAUGCUUCUCGUUCACCUUUGCUUUUGGGGAGAAAGCCUGGUGGUUCGGUUGCAUUGGAUGCAUUUGAAAUUCCCGAGGUUCCCUUUUUUUUUAGAAAGAGGGUGACCCACCAUCACCCCUACAGGUUCGGGGGAGAUUGAUGAGCCAAGAUGCCUUGCCCUUAGCACCUUCUGUUUUUCUAAAUGUUCUCAAUUAUAUACGUUGCUUUCAAUCCUAGGCUUAACAUGUUGCAAGAAGCAAGGAAUAAUACAUAUAUCGUGAAACCUGGAAUAGUUGAAUGAGACAUCUCAGUGAAGCCAAUGCAACGACAAUGAGCUAUGACCUGCUUACGACCUGCAUAAAAAGAACAGUACAGUGCUGCCAUCUUGUGGUAGAAAAGAAUAGGUGCAGUUAGUUUAAUGGAGUGGUUCGAGAAAUUUCAAAUGAAAAGCAUUGGAAUAAGUCCAAAUCUGUAGUUCUAUAAGUAGCUUAUACAACAGCUCUAUUACAUAGAGUAGUCAAAGGCAUCGAAGGUAUCAGUGGCAUAAAAAACAAACAACAAACAACGUGCAAUAGACUAUUCUAAAUAUUAAAGGAUAAUUAAUUCACAGAGACAGAAAGAGACAAUAUAAUUACCAAUUAGGGAGUUAGAAAUUUAGUUUGAAAAACGAAGUGGAUAUUUGUGGAGUUUUAGGUGCGCAGUGAUUCAGUUGGCGGCAGUACCGCUACCAACCAAGAGGCUGUGCCAGGGUGUCGAUAUUCGAUAUACCUUGAGUGGAGCCACCCUAUGAUGUAAUUUGGCUUUAAACAUUUCUUAACUUCAGAAAGUGUUUCUAAGCAACACUUUAUCGGAUAUAUUACAUUGUAUAUCGUUUUGGGGACAUGGCUUGAAGCAAUAAUUCUGUAAUUUGAAGAUUCAAGAUUUCCAUCCCUUUGUUAGAUGUUUUGGUUGGUGAAAUGACUGAUUCUGACAACAGAGGGGGCAGUGGAGCACAUAAUCAAUAAACGGCUUUAAUGAACCAAAAUACAUUUCAAUUGAAAACACGGUAAAUAUCUUCUCUUUAACAUUAUACGGGGGGCAACCGAUUCGAUGAAGCAGCAGAAAUGGCGAGUCCGGAGCAAUCUGAUGAAAAGUUGGCAUUUUCUGUAGUAUCUGGCAGAUGUUCCACAGCCUUUGCAACCAAGCAAAUUGAAAUCCAGGCCCCAUCCACACCAACCCGGGUAAAUGUAAAAACGCACAUGCGCAAUGAAAAUGAUCUCCGUCCGCACUAUCGUUUUCAUAUUGUUUUCAGAAUGUUUUGCAUCCACGUUCCACACUGAAAUUAUUUUGAUAAACAGUCGUCAUGGUUACGUUACUCCGCCACGCCUCUCUGUUUAGAUUACAGGCGUGCGAUCAGAUGAUAUUUACAGUUGAUCAGCUGGUUAAUCAUUUUCGACCCGGUCUUGUCCAGAAACGCCGCAUCCACGUUCCACAAGAGGCUGUGCCAGGGUGUCGAUAUUCGAUAUACCUUGAGUGGAGCCACCCUAUGAUGUAAUUUGGCUUUAAACAUUUCUUAACUUCAGAAAGUGUUUCUAAGCAACACUUUCUGGAUAUAUUACAUCGGAUAUAUUACAUUGUAUAUCGUUUUGGGGACAUAGCUUGAAGCAAUAAUUCUGUAAUUUGAAGAUUCAAGAUUUCCAUCCCUUUGUUAGAUGUUUUGGUUGGUGAAAUGACUGAUUCUGACAACAGAGGGGGCAGUGGAGCACAUAAUCAAUAAACGGCUUUAAUGAACCAAAAUACAUUUCAAUUGAAAACACGGUAAAUAUCUUCUCUUUAACAUUAUACGGGGGGUAACCUCAUUUAAAUGAUCGAAGAUAAAGAGGUACAGAGAUAGAGGACAAUUUAUUAUUUAAAGGAGUUCACAUGCGUGGGCUCGCACCACUGCUUAUCACUACAUUUAAUUAAACCGACAUCCCACAUUGUGA